AUUCCUCUUUUGCUUCUAUUUCACAGUUCAAUUUCACCGUUUAGCAUUGAGAGCACAAGACGCCAGAGACGGUCUGAAUCGCCGGACUCCCGGAAGCGCCGCAUCCACAGGUGUGAUUUUGAAGGAUGCAAUAAGGUUUACACGAAAAGCUCCCACUUGAAGGCUCACCGGAGGACCCACACAGGAGAGAAACCGUACAAAUGUACCUGGGAAGGGUGCACGUGGAAAUUUGCUCGCUCAGAUGAACUAACAAGGCACUACCGCAAACACACAGGAGUGAAGCCGUUCAAGUGCGCAGACUGUGACCGAAGCUUUUCCCGUUCAGAUCACUUGGCAUUGCACCGCCGAAGGCACAUGUUGGUCUGAAAAAAUGCUACCUUCUCUCUCUCUCUCUCUCUCUAUAUAUAUAUAUAUAUAAAUAUAUAUAUAUAUAUGAAUAUAUAUAUAUAUUCAUAUAUAUAUAUGUGUGUGUGUGUGUGUGAAAUUUCAAGAGCUGGGUCUCUUUUAACUACAGUGCAUUCAGCAGGACUGAAUCCUGUUUUGAUGGUGUUAGCACAAAAGGGACAGUCGGUGUUGUCCCAGAUUCACAAAGAAGCAGGAACAAGAAUGCUACAAUCUUCCCUCCCACCCUAAGCAGGGGUCCAGCACAGGCCCAAGGCAUCACCUUUUGCUGGGGAUAAAAGCCGAAAUGCAUCAAGAUUGGGCAUUAUUUUCUAACCCGCUGUUGUUUUCAAAGUAUUUAUGGCUUGGGUUUUUUUCUCUCUCUCUCUUUCAACCAUCCCACUUUUUUCUCCUGAAGAAUUUCUGCUAUUUCGAAGACUGGAUGUCAUAAACCGUCGAAAAGGACAAGUCCUUGAGAGCUUUCUCUUCGUUUACUGCUGCUUCUUAUUUUUUUUAUUUUGUUGUUGUUGUUGUUGUUGUCAUUAUUACUUUUUCCCCCUGUUAAAACACUGCAGAAUAUCAUCCUGCCCAACAAUUUCCUAAGCCAGCUGAACAGACUGGAAAGAGAAGGGAUUUAAAAAAUGAAGCUCCUUUGAAGUGAAAAAAAAAAAAGAUUUCUCAGCACACUUAUGCAAUAAAGAUGGUGGUAUUUGUA